AUGUCUUUCUGGAUCGAUACAGAGGACUGGCACACAGCCGGCGAACCCUUCCGCAUUGUUGCCACCCUUCCAGAAAACCACCUGCCCAACGAACAAACAGUUGCCCAGCGCCGUCACGCAGUCAUAAACACUCCUAACCACUCACUCGAUCAGCUACGCCAGUCACUCUGUCAUGAACCCCGUGGACAUGCAGAUAUGUAUGGCGGCUUCAUUACACCGCCCAAUGACCCCGGCGCUCAUUUCGGGGUUUUGUUCUGGCACAAGGAUGGCUUCUCGACGGCGUGUGGGCAUGGGACUAUAGCGCUUGGCUACUGGGCCGUUACUAAGGGAAUUGUUGAGGUACCUGAGGAUGGUAGCGUUGAUGUGGUUAUUGAUGUUCCCUCAGGGCGAGUUGUAGCCAAGAUUACUGUUGCGAAGGGGAGGCCAGUGCAUGGUGACUUUAUCAACGUCAAGAGUUAUCAGAUCGCCAAGGAUGUGUCUGUUUCUCUUCCUUCGCGAAAUAUUGAGAUUAAGGUUGAUUUGGCUUUCGGUGGAGCUGUCUACGCUGCCAUUAACGCAUCUCAGCUGGGUCUCGUCGUUGAGCCGAGUCAGUACAUUGAGUUUAUCAAUCUCGGACGGGAGAUCAAAAGCUCCCUCGGCAAAAGAGCACACUACGGGGAAUACGACCUAUACGGAGCUAUCUUCUUCAACGACGAAGGAACUGGAGAAGGCGGCGAAAUCCGACAACGGAACGUCACUGUCUUUGCAGAUGGCCAGAUCGAUCGCUCACCAUGUGGCUCAGGCACGGCGUCAAGGGUAGCAGUUCUUCUGGCGGAGGGAAGACUGGGGGCUGGGAAGUCGAAGUUGCUGCAUCGAUCUAUUAUUGAUACUGUUUUUGAAGCAGAUAUUGUCUCUGAGGAGGAUAGCCCUGUCGAGUUCCCGGCCUGUAUACCGAGGGUUAGAGGAACCGCGAAUUUGGUGGGAAAGAUGAGUUUCUUCAUUGAUCCCUCUGACACCGUCUUUCCAGGAUUUCUUCUACGGUAG